AUGCUCUUUGAGAGCCGCUCUACUCAGCUUGACCAAUUUCUGACCAUUUCCAGCCCAGACAAGAUGAGCUACAUCGCCCGCCGAGGUCUCUCGACCUUGAUCCCCCCCAAGGUCGCCUCUCCCAACGCCAUUGGUGCCGCUCAGGAUGCCGCCCGCAUGGAGCGUGUUGUGAACUUCUACGCCGGCCUUCCCCGUGGCCCUGCUGCCCCCGUCAAGGCCUCCGGUCUCAUUGGUCGCUACCAGGCCCGUUACUUCAGCGGAAAGAACGCCUCCGGUGCUCCCCUUGUGCACGCCAUUGCCGGUAUUCUCAUCCUUGGCUACAGCAUGGAGUACUACUUCCACCUGCGUCACCACAAGAACCACCCCCACUAG